AUGACUAGUGGACUCAGACUGUCAGUCUAUGGCAGUGAUCUUGUUAAGAAUAUUCAAUUGUAUAGAUACACUUUUGGAGCUCUUCAAUAUCUGACCAUAACCAGGCCAGAGAUUUCCUUUAGUGUUAGCAAAGUGUGUCAAUUUAUGCACAAUCCUCUGCAAGUUCACUGGAUUGUUGUCAAGAGAAUACUGAGGUAUCUCAGUGGCACAAUGAAUCAUGGUUUGCAUUUGAAGAAACCCCCACACACUGAAAUUAGUUCCUUCUGUGAUGAUGAUUGGGCAGCAGAUGUUGAUGACAGAAGGUCUACCUCAGGUUAUGCCAUUUACUUUGGCACAAAUCUUGUUGCUUGGUCUUCCAAGAAGCAGCACACUGUUUCUAGGUCCAAUACUGAAGCAGAGUUUAGUUCUCUUGCCAAUGUUGUUGCUGAGAUCACAUGGCUUAAAUCUCUUCUCUCUUAA